AGCUGCUAAAACGGCGCAUGCGUUGAUUACUGGCCAAGCAGACCUGAGCCACAAACGUUAUAGCUAGGUACAAAUCUGUUUUGAAAUAGAAAAUACGCAAUUUGUUCUCAUCAAUAAGAUUCAAUUUAGGGUUUACAUUGCAAAAUAUAACUAAAACAAAGGGAGCAACAAAGAUCGGAUAUUUUGUGUCUGUCCCUGGUGGAAGAGUCAGAGGAAGGAUGGGUUUUGCAGAAAAUGCUGUGAAGCAUGCAGUGAUCUUCUGAUCUGCAACUGCCUAUGCAACUUCUGGUCACUUCUUAGCAUAAUUUUCUCAGAAGCACACUCAUGGUAAAAUCAUCAGCAGAAAGAAGAUAUAUGCCUUCAUUAAAACAUAAGUGUUGUUUGCCUCUUUUCUUGGGAAGGUUAAGUGGUGAAAUUUAAAGGGACGUCAGCGUCUCUGCCUGAAGGCUAAGCUGGCGAUGUCACGGGUCCCCACCCCCCCUCCGCCCGGGGAGAUGUCCAGCGGACCUGUGGCUGAGAGCUGGUGCUACACGCAGGUUAAAGUAGUGAAGUUCUCAUACAUGUGGACCAUAAAUAACUUUAGUUUUUGCCGGGAGGAGAUGGGAGAGGUGCUGAAGAGCUCCACCUUCUCGUCCGGACCCAACGACAAGAUGAAAUGGUGCCUCCGUGUUAACCCAAAGGGACUGGAUGAUGAAAGUAAAGACUAUCUUUCAUUGUAUUUACUUCUGGUUAGCUGUCCAAAAAGUGAAGUUAGAGCAAAGUUCAAGUUUUCUUUGCUCAAUGCAAAGAGAGAAGAAACUAAAGCUAUGGAAAGCCAGAGAGCAUAUCGAUUUGUCCAAGGGAAAGACUGGGGCUUCAAAAAAUUUAUUCGAAGAGAUUUUUUGCUUGACGAGGCAAACGGACUCCUACCAGAGGACAAGCUCACGCUGUUCUGCGAGGUAAGCGUGGUCCAAGAUUCUGUGAACAUCUCCGGCCAGUCCAACAUGAACAUGCUGAAGGUUCCGGAAUGCCAGCUGUCUGAUGACCUAGGUCACCUGUGGGAGUGCUCCAGGUUUACAGACUGCAGCCUCUACGUCCGGGGGCAGGAGUUCAAAGCCCACAAAUCCAUAUUAGCAGCCAGAUCACCAGUUUUUAAUGCCAUGUUUGAACAUGAAAUGGAAGAAAGUAAGAAGAACCGUGUAGACAUAAGUGACGUCGACCCUGAGGUUUUUAAAGAAAUGAUGGGCUUCAUUUACACGGGAAAGGCACCGAACCUGGAGAAAAUGGCCGACAGCUUACUGGCAGCUGCAGACAAAUAUGCAUUGGAGCGGUUGAAGGUCAUGUGUGAAGAAGCUCUGUGCAGCAGCCUUUCUGUGGAGAACGUCGCCGACAUCCUCAUCCUCGCAGACCUGCACAGCGCCGAACAGCUCAAAGCACAAGCCAUAGAUUUUAUCAACAGAUGCAGCGUACUGAGGCAACUUGGCUGUAAAGACGGGAAGAACUGGAACAGCAACCAUGCGACGGACAUUAUGGAGACGGCAGGCUGGAAGUCCAUGAUCCAGUCCCACCCCCACCUGGUGGCAGAGGCCUUCCGCGCCCUGGCGUCGGCACAGUGUCCGCCCUUCGGCCUGGCCCGAAAGCGCCUAAAACAGUCCUGACUGCCCCCGCGCGUUUUAAAGACUUCACAGGAAAACCCAGGUGUUCGGUACCCUGCCCGCACCAGCCCAGGGAAGAGCGACGUCGUCAGAACGCGGAGGACGGGCAACGCAUCACGCUCCCCUCCUCCUCCGUCGACCCCGAGAGUUUUUUUGGUUUUCGAGCUUUAUUUGCUGAUGUUUUUCUCCGUAAUUUCAAAUGGCCUUAAAACGAUCUGCCAUUGCUUCAGAGUUUAUAUUGUAUUUAACUGUGUGCCUGCUUUGUAAGAGACCAGGCCUUCUCCAGAUUGCACUAGUUCCCAUAAUGCAGUAGUUUUAAAAUGGAGCUUGAGAGGAAUGUGUCAUUAAGGGUUUACUGGGAAAAUAUUGCUUAUCUUUAAUGUUUAGCCUCUUUUGUGACUAGACAUUGGGGAAAAAAGUGAAAAUUAUGUGUGCAGGGCCAAGUCACUCACACUUUCUAAAAGAACAAUAUAAUAUGCCCCAUAUUGAUGGCACCUUUUUUCAUAUAAAACCACGCAUUCACCAUCUUCAGAGAGGUUUCAAAGUUAGGUAGCCCUGUUUGAAAAUGCUUUUCAGAACAUGCUGUGCAUUAUGAGAAACUGUGUAAGCCUGGACACAACACGAAAGGAACUGAAUACAGCAUGUCUGUGUUUUGCACCUCCGGAAACACUGGGUAGAUAUGAAGAUUUGUUUCCCAUAGCGUUGUUUACACAUUUCCUUGUCACACACUCAUCCACUUUAUUUUGAACUUAUUUUGUAUAGAUUCAAAUCAUUUUUAAAUUAUUUCUCCCUGUUCCACUUAGGGGCAAAGAACUAUGUUCUAUGGUUAACUAAAGGAAAUAUAUAUAUAUUUUUUGUUUUGAAAUGAAAAAAGAAUAGGGUGGAACGGAACACAAUGCAUGGUUUUGUGGAAAAAAAGUUCAGGUGCAUUUCUGAUCGUAUGUUUGUCUCUUCAGCGAUACGCAUAUAUAAGUGCAGGAACUCGAAGAAAUGGGGUCUAACUUCAGUCCAUGUAAAGAGGAUAUACACAGACAUGAGUAAGACAUACAAGAUGCUGAGCAUCUUUAGUGUGUAAUGUAUGUAAAAUAGAAUGGGGUUUUAGCUGCAAAGAUGUAAUUUGACAAUAGUCCAAAUUGCUCUGUCAUCUGAGCUGCUGUGAUGUCACUAGCCUUAAUCUACAUAUUUGGUUGUCCUACGUUGCAUUUUUGUAUUUUUUUGUAAGCGUCAACUUUUGUUACAUGGAUUUUCUUCUGUGGAUUUAUUUUUUGAGAAUAAGAAAAAAAGAAAAUUGGGAUUUUCACUCCUGAAAUUAUUUAUGCCACAGGAACUGACACAUGAACUUGUUACAUAAUGGAUACUCCAGUGAUUGGCACAAUCUUGUUUACAGUUUUAAUUUUUUUUCUUUCCUUAUCUGGAAUAUAUUUAAAAUGUGCUCAGUGAACACCUUUGUUUAUUUGCUUACUGUCAUUGUCAUGUCAUUAUUCGUUUAUAUUUGACGUCCCCCCCCCCCCCCAGUGAAAUAAUGUUGGCCAAAUCUGUACCAAAGCUAAAAUCCUUCCUCCAGAAGAGAUGCUGCUGUAGCUUUGCCAUGUUGGCAUGUCAUCGUUGGAUUAACAUGUCUUGCAUCAUCUGUGAACAUGCUAUCCUGUUUCUUUCCCUUUUGCAUCUCAGAGAGAUAUGUGAAAGGGUGCACUUCAGCACAUUUUCUACUUUCUACCUGGAAAUGCAGUGACACUCUACCUGGGCAUUACUCUGUUAUCUGCUUUCGUGUGGCUCCGACGCGUCGUUUGCAAACAAGAUGCACGUACGGCUUUGUUCCACCACUCUUGGGUCCGUUCGAUUGACAAUCGAUGCCUUCUUUUGCAAACGUUCUAGAAACCCCCCGGUUCCAGCCGGUUUUAUUGAAGCUGCGCUUCAGUAAUUUCAUCAAAUCGAGGGGAGGGGUUGUGUUCGGCGAGAGAAGUAGCUGUGAAUUUGUUUUCUCUGAAAGCAAAGAAAAACUGAAGUCAUUUUAUAAUAAGUCCGAAGCACAAAACAGCCAUGUAUGAUGUUUGCACAUUUCAAUACAUUGAUAUUUGAACAAGGAGUUGAUCUCUUGUCAUGCAGCCGUCUGUGUCCCCCUACGUACACAUUAAUAUUACAACUUCAAAAUGACCGUCAGCGCACAAGAGUAAAUGUACCAAAAAUGUCUGAGACACUGUGCUAUGAUGACAUAUAAAAUGUAGUCCAAUGGAUUUUGAUGAGUUUGUGAUACUGUACUGCUUUUCUAAGCUGUCUGUUAUCAUUUACAGUAAAUUACCGUUGAUUUGCUGUCAGGAAAUGUAUUAUGUAUUGAUAUUUUGUCAUGUUAUCUUAGCUGUAAAGACAACCUUAAAAUGUAUUCCUUAUAAAAUGCAUAAAGUUUGUGUUA